GAUAACGGUCAGCUUGUGCUUGUGUCUAAUUAGGCUUGUCUGAAGUCUGAGACAACUAAAUUCUUGAUUUCUGAUUGAGUGAUUUCAUUUUAUGAAAUUUGAUUCUUCGUUUGAUUAGUUAUUUGUUGUACUUAAACGAACAAUGUGCAGUUGUUGUAACAGGUAACGUUGCAUGGGUAUCUUGAUAGUGAGAUUGUGCCAAAAAGUUUCCGUCGUUUUAAUGUUGAUAAACAUCUGACAUUAGAGUACAUUUUGUCCUGUGUCCUGUGACUUCCGAAAAGUCAAAUGUUUGGACGCCAGACUAGCAGUGCUCUUUUGAAACCGUCAACUGACAGACCGAGGAGAAAUUUAUCACAGAUAAGCAAGUGUUUGGAUUGUUAAAUUACGGGUUGUUGGAUAUCGACAACAUGACAAAUAUAGACGAUUUUGGGCAAGUGGAUGACGAUGAUUUGAAAGCAAAACUUCUAGCUCUAACGAAAGGAAACGCACCUAAGUUGAAAGUGAAAGCUAAGCCAAUAGUUGAUCCUGCCGAGCUGGAUAAAAUGGCGCAGGAAAGCUUUUGUGAUGUACCCUCUGAUGAUGAUGUGUCUUCGGGCGGAGAUAAUCCCAGCAUAAUGGCUGAGUUACAUGAACUACAAUCUGAUGGAGACAGCCAGCGCAUCCAGCUCCGGUUGAACUAGUAGUUACAUAUCGUCUACUAAAAAUAUAUUAGAAGAACGACUGGAAUUGUAUCAAACUUCCGAACAAAACGCUGAAAAUGCCGGUGAUUCUACAAAAGCUAGAAGAAUGACGCGAGGUAUUGCACCUUUGAAGAUUUAUUAAGGAGAGUGAAUUCUUGAGUUGAGCUAUUAACGCGGAUGAUAUUCAACCAGUCGUUUCGACUUUCGACCGGAUCUUCUAAACCUUCUCAUCCGCCAUCUGAAACACCUGAUAAACCACCCGAACUUGAUGAGCCGACACCCCCAAGCGUUUCUUCUGUUCCUCCGCCGUUACCGCCUCGUUCUUCUUUACCGUCAUCGCCCAUUAAAGAUUCCAAUAACCAUCGAGAUGCAACUCAAUCUAGCAGAAGUGCCAAUAAUGUAAUUGAUAUUCUGAAAGAACGUAAAAUGCAAUAUAAAAUGAAGUGCCGUUUUCGCCAAGAAAAAUGAAGAUCUUCAGACUGCAUUAGCUUAUAUGAAAAUUGUCAAAAGGGCUUGCAGCCACUUAUUAAAGAAGUUGAAGGAGGAGCUACGGUUAAUUUAGAUUCAUUACCUCCUCCUUUGCCGAAUCCGUUGCCAAAUACUGAUACAAAAUCAGUAAUUUCCUCACCUAAACAGACGUCAACGUUGCCGAUUGUGAUAUCCGAAGAACAUCUAAAAAGCAUCGAUACGCCUCAACCAGCAGUUUCAAGUCCAAACAUUAUACCACAACCAAAAACUGUUUUGGAAGCCUUAGAACAACGCAUGAAUUUAUUUAAAGAUAGAUAAAAAGCCGCAAAAAAAGAAAAUGAUGGUGGCAAAGCUCGUAGAAGUGCGCGUAUUGUUAAACAAUAUGAAGACGCCAUUAAACUUCACAAAGCUGGAAAAUCUAUUCCUACAGAUGAAUUACAGACACCCCCCGGUUGGCCACCAAUUCCGCUUAGUGACAGUAAACCAACCAAUUCUUCAAUCGUAACUCCGAAAUCUCAUGAUAUGCUUGAUAAAGAACCUGAGAAAACACCUGUAAAAUUGCCUAGUACUGUAGCUACCAAAGACCAUUCUGCGGCUCACGUUUCACGAAAUGAAAAACAACUUGUACAGAUCCUAGAAAGACAAAAAACUUUCAAAAGCGCUGCAUUAAAAGCUAAACAAGACGAUGAUGUGGUAAAAGCUAAAGAAUUCAACCAAUGAUCGAAGCAUCUAAGAGCGGAAUAUGCAUUGAUUUGAAUUCGUUUCCUGUGCUGCCUUGUGAGAAUAUUACUGUCAAGGAAGUGAUCUAGACGUUUACCAUAAACUAGAAACUGAUCUUACUCAUCAGUAGAGCUAUGUUCUACUACUAGAGAUAAUUUCAAAGCUACAGGUGAUAUUGUGAAUGCCAACAGAUUCGAUCAAUUGGCUUUGCACUGUAAAAAAGAUUUAAAGUUUGUACGAUUAGCUAAUAGCAAUAACUUAAGAGUGCCUAAAUUUCAUUACGAGUCCAAAUCCGUUUCGAUUGUCCAAUGUAAUACUGAUCUGACUGAUAAUGAUGUUGAUGAAGUAUCUAUUAUUCAAGGGAGUGAAUUAUAAUGUUCCAAACCCGAAAGAAAUCGAUACCUAUAUCAAAUUGCAGUUUCCUUAUCGAACGGAAACUCCUCAGCAGUACAAAAGCGCACUCGUAUACAAUACAAAUAAUCCUGCUUACAAUUUUAUUACAACUUCUAAUAUACAUAGAAAGAAAUUCCAGACAUGCCAGCGAAUUUUCAAACAUCAAAUAUUGGAAUGUGACGUUUGGUUCAAAGGCCGGCGAGGAAGAAACUUGGAACGAAGAAGAAGAUAAAAGUAAAACUUCGUUGGAAGAGGUAAUCAAAGAAACGACCACCGCGACACCUGAAAACGAAGACGAAACUUCGUCUAGUCGCAGCGUCGAAUCGAAUGUCAAAGUAAAUGGAGAAGAUGCUUCGCUCCAGACCCAUACGAUUAAAAUCGAACCAGCCUCGUCCGAUUCCGAAACCUCGACCGCCGCUGAUAGAGGCGACGGAUCAGAAUCGGUUAUCAAAAAAGCCAACUCGACGGAAUCUGCCGAUUCCAAUACGGAAACAAAAAAUAUCGCAUCGAUUGUUAUAAAAAAUGAACCCGUGGCCAGUCCACCAGUCAGCGUUACGCCUGUAAACGAGCAAGAAUAUUUAGGAGUAUUGCCUCAAUCGUUACAAUCAGCUUUAACGGGGGCCAGGUAUUACCCGACAGUGAUAAACGCAGCUUCGGACGCUCGCUUUAGAACUGAAACGUCGUUGGACACUAGACAAGGAUUUGUUUGUCCUCCUUGUGGAAUCAAAUUCAGUUCUUUAAGUACCCUGGAAGCUCAUCAAACCUAUUAUUGUUCUCAUAGGCAGAAAAAAUCUAAUAAAGGAGGAGCUGAAAGUGAAGGAGAAGAUGGUAGAGCAUUAUCAGUCUCUGGUGGUUAUGAUCAAGACGAAGGAAGCAGCGGUGAAAAUAUGAGUACGGGCGAACCUUCGACAAAAAUAGCAAAAACUGGCAAACAAUACAGAUGCACUCACUGUUCUUACAGCGCUGAUAAGAAAGUCAGUCUGAACAGACACAUGAGGAUGCAUAGCGCAUCUCCAGCCACUUCGGUUCAUAACGAUUCGGAUUCUUCGGUUCAACCCAUCGAUCGUUAUUGCCAAGAAUGCGAUAUUAGAUUUUCAAAUUUGAAAACGUUCAAAGCGCACAAAUUGCAUUACUGUAGUACGCGUAAUGUAAUCAAACGAGCGCCAAAUGCUAAUUCGUCACCUUCGCCGAAUCUAUCCAUCGAUUCUAGAAUAACGCCACCGUUAUCUUCGUUCGGUCUCACCAAUCAAAAUCCUCCGCAACCUUUUAUCGCGCUUCCGACUAAUCCCGUAUUAAUCGUACCGUAUUCGUUGAUACAAGCUGGAAAUAUGCUUUCUAGUCCAGUCACUUCCGGAUUAAACGGGCAAGACGGAGUUUAUCUAUUGUUACCGGACGGUACGAUACAAAUGGUUGCGCAAAGCAUGGCUAAUCAAGCGAAUAGGACUCCAGAAUUGGUCAGUCCCGUUUUGCAGCCCAUUCCGACCUCGAAUAAUAAUCAAGUGACUAAAGAAACCGUCAGCUCGAAACCAAACAAGCAACCAUCGGUGGUCAGCGUACCAAUCGCGAAUGGUGCUCUGGAUCUGCGAAUGCGUCGUGAAUCGAACGGCAGCGAAAGCACGACGACCAUCGACGCUUCGGAAGAAGAAAAAGAAAAUCGUCUGCUGGACGAUCAAACGGAUCACGAGGACAUCGUGUGCGCUCCUUCGAUACCGUUGAUAUUAUCGGCGUCGUCGACUUGCUCGACACCGUCUCCUAUUCCACUAUCGCCCGGAUCGCAGACACGUCUUUCGUCAUGUUCCGAGAAAAUAUGCAGCCCUAGUCCGAAAUCAGUCAUCACAGUAGCGUCGUCAAAAUCCGCCAAGAAAGUAACCAACGGCGUCAUUAGAAAAUUAUCAAAGUCCGAAAGCGCCGGCGGAGAUGAUAAAAAAAUCGAAUCGUUUUCCACGCAGCAGAAUAUGGCCGCUGCCGCCGCCGCCGCCGCCGCAGCAGCUGCGGCUGCCGAACGAGGCUCUAAUUUCAGCUUGACCGAGAUGCUGUUAGCGGCCGCGUCUCAGAAUCAUAGCGAAUCUGCGAAGGAGUUGCAAUUUCCACCGGAAAUGAUACCGCAUUUGUCCGCCAUUCAGCAAAUGAAUUCGGCUAAAAGGCCCGCUCUCAAUCCUAUCGCUAAUAUUCCCCUUUUAUUACCUCCGGUUUCGCCAGGAUCUCGCGUCAUUCCAGAAAUAUUGAAUCCGUCCAUUUUACCUUUGCUAACGUCCGAAUUAGCCAUGAGAUUAGCCUCGACAAACGUUCCGGCCGCCGCAGGAGGUGGUGGUGUACCGCCGUAUAUUAGGCAAGGUACUUGGAAAUGUGAAGACUGCAAUAUUGGAUUUUGUAAAUAUGAAAAUUACGUAGCUCAUAAAAAGCAUUACUGUUCGACGCGCAAAGUUCAAGAUUCGGCGCAAUCAGACGAUUCAAUCAAAACUAGUCCAGCUGGAUCUCCGUCUUCGAAAACACUAGCACCUUCGCCCCAAACGCUUUCCAAAGAGAAUACCAGCCCGAUACCGCAUGCGACCAAUGUUAUACAAAGCGCUAGACCGUUUUCGCAGUUUAUUUGUCAGAUGUGCGGCAUUAAAUUUACGUCUUUAGAUAAUUUAUCUACCCAUCAGACGUUCUACUGUCCUAAUCGAGUCGCCGUUGCCGAUGGUGGAGAAAAAUCUAGUCUUAAAUGCCCGAAAUGUAAAGUGUUGUUACCAGUAGAUCAAUUACAAACCCAUCAGUGUACCGGGACAGCGAGCUCAGGGUGGAAAUGUCCAUGUUGUUUCACUAUUUGCAAUUCUACAAAUGCGAUUCAAAAGCAUAUCGAAAGUCACAGUGGCGUGAAAGCCUUUUUAUGCACUAUUUGUAAUUAUAAAGGAAAUACCAUCAGAGGAAUGCGAACUCACAUACGAGUCCACUUCGAUAAACGAAACGGCGAAAUAAUGGAGGAAAAUUAUAUCACCUGUUUAAUGGAAGAAAACAGCAGCGCUGCAAGUUCUUCGGACGAAAAUUCGUCAGAGAAAACAGUCAAGAAACCAGUCACCGAAACGGUCGUGCCAGUAUCAGUAACGCCCGUAACGCCGAUCGUCGAAGAUAAACCUGUAGAAGGUCGCUCUUCUCCUAUCGUUGUAGACUGCGUUGAAGAUGAAGACGAAUAUAUCGAGGUAGACGAAUUACCCAACAUAAAAAGCAGCAAUUCUCCCAAAGAAUCUGUCGAAGCUGCCACCAAAGAGGACUCGAAAUCUUCUCAAGAGCCUGCCGAAGACGCUGCUGACGACAGCAGUAUCAAGAAAUACGGUCCAAAAUAUUGUAAAUCUUGCGAUAUUUCGUUUAAUUAUUUAUCUACUUUCAUAGCACAUAAGAAAUAUUAUUGUUCGAAUACGAGCGACGCGUCGAGUUCUUUAAAUAGCGCUGAAAGUAUUGUGAUACCUACGAAUAUCGCUGCUGCAGCACAUAUUGUUUGAAAAUCUUUCCUAACCUACGAAUAAUUCGGAUAUAUUUUUUGUAAUGUAUAAAAUUCCAUACGGAUGAAUUUUUAUAAAUUUUUUAAUUUAUAAAUCACUACCUACCUACCAUUUCAACUUGAUGAACCGUGUAGCCAUUUUACCAAAAGUAAGCAGUCAUUUUAAAGAUCGUCAUUGACGAUAUCGUUGUAUAUAUAGCACAUUUUUGUAAAAAUUCAACUUUCAUCACUUUCAGUGAACGUAGUUUAGAAUCCCGUGUACAUUACCAUGCCUAAAAGAAAUAAUUAAUCUCAUAUCAAAAUUUAUUAUUUGUGUUUUCAUAUUAUAGAUAUAUCUGCUUGUAAUUGGCCAGUAUUAAUUUUUUAUUUUAAAAAAAGGUGAUUACCUACGUGUCCCUUAAAGGUUUACUUGUACUUUUUUUUCAUGUGCCAUAAAUAUUGAACUACUCGCAAUACUGGCACAAAAUCGUAUUGUAUUUUUAUCGAGGUUCGAAUUGAUUUUAAAUAUUCGGUGUACAUCGUGAUCAAUGAUCAAUAAGGCGAUUGAUGUAAGAAUG